AUGAGUGAUAAAUUAACAAGAAUUGCAAUCGUUAAUUCGGAUAAAUGUAAACCGAAAAAAUGCAGACAAGAGUGUAAAAAAUCUUGUCCUGUAGUUAGAAUGGGUAAACUUUGCAUCGAGGUGACUCCAGAAAACAAGAUCGCCUACAUUUCUGAAGACUUAUGCAUCGGCUGUGGAAUUUGUACUAAGAAAUGUCCGUUCCUUGCUAUAACGAUUAUUAAUCUUCCUACCAAUCUAGAAAAAGAAGUUACUCAUAGAUAUUCUGCCAAUUCCUUUAAACUUCAUCGUUUACCUAUACCUAGACCAGGUCAAGUUCUGGGGUUAGUGGGUACUAAUGGAAUAGGCAAGAGUACCGCACUCAAAAUUUUAGCGGGAAAACUUAAACCGAAUUUGGGAUGUUUUGAAGAACCUCCGGAUUGGCAAGAUAUUUUGAAAUAUUUUCGCGGAAAUGAAUUGCAAAAUUAUUUCACCAAAAUUUUGGAAGAUAAUCUGAAGGCCAUUAUCAAGCCUCAAUACGUAGAUCACAUUCCUAAAGCUGUCGAAGGCAUGGUUAAUGAUCUGAUUGACGCCAAAUUAGAACGAGAUAACAAAGAAGAUAUUUUUAAUGCUUUAGAUUUGAAUGUUAUUCAAAGGCGUCAAGUCAAAGAAUUAUCUGGUGGAGAAUUACAACGUUUUGCUAUUGCCGUCGUGUGCAUUCAAAAUGCAGACAUUUAUAUGUUUGAUGAACCAUCAUCAUAUUUGGAUGUCAAACAGCGUUUGAAUGCUGCCAGGACUAUAAGAUCUUUAUUACAACCUAAUCGGUAUGUUAUUGUUGUUGAACAUGACUUAUCGGUUUUAGAUUAUCUUUCGGAUUUUAUUUGCGUACUUUAUGGAAUGCCAUCUGUAUAUGGUGUCGUGACUAUGCCUUUCUCUGUGCGUGAAGGUAUUAAUAUUUUUUUGGACGGAAAUGUACCAACAGAAAAUCUGAGAUUUAGAGAAGAAUCUCUGACGUUUAAGUUAGCGGAAAAUGCUGAAGACGAGAAAGAAAUAGAAAAGCAAGGAAGUCAUAAGUAUCCAGACAUGAUCAAGACUUUAGGUGAUUUCAAAUUAACCAUCAAGGCAGGAGAAUUUACAGAUUCAGAGAUCGUUGUAAUGUUAGGAGAAAAUGGAACAGGAAAGACUACAUUUAUCAAAUUAUUAGCUGGUGCAUUAAAAUCCGAUGGAAAUGAACAAGUUCCAGAAUUGCGCGUUAGUUAUAAACCACAAAAAAUUUCGCCAAAAUAUCCCAGGACCGUUCGUGCACUCUUUCAUGAAAAAAUACGAGCGGCAUUUUUACUUCCACAAUUUCAAACCGAUGUUACAAAGCCAAUGCAAAUUGAUAGUAUUCUUGAUCAAGAAGUAAUGAAUUUGUCCGGUGGUGAACUUCAACGUGUGGCUAUUGUACUAGCGUUAGGUAAACCAGCUGACAUUUAUUUGAUUGAUGAACCAUCAGCUUACUUGGAUUCCGAGCAACGUAUUGUGACGGCAAAAGUUAUCAAAAGAUUUAUUCUUCACAAUAAAAAGACUGCUUUUGUUGUCGAACAUGAUUUCAUAAUGGCGACAUAUCUAGCAAAUCGGGUUAUUGUUUAUGAAGGAAUACCAUCCAAAGAAGCUACAGCUAACUCGCCACAAUCCUUGUUAACAGGUAUGAAUAAGUUUCUCGCAUCACUUGAGAUCACAUUUAGACGUGAUCCAACAAACUUUAGGCCUAGAAUCAAUAAAGCAGAAUCUUCUAAAGAUAAAGAACAAAAAGCAAGUGGAAGCUAUUUCUUCUUGGAAAAUGAGACUUAA